GGAGGUUGACGCGGCGGCGCUCAGGAAAUGAAACUUCCUCGGGAAGCUGCGAAUCAUUUUAUUCGACAUUUUUCGCCAACUAAAAUAUUAAGAAAUGGUCUUGUCGGCUGAAAAAGAUUUUAUUUUUAUUUUCUCUUUGAAUGAAACAUGUCGUCGAGUUUCUCUGGACGUAUCAGCUCCUCAGUUCACUCACACUACAUACAGAAAUACCAUCAAACGAUCCGCUCCCUCCCUCGACUCUAUCAAACCACAACACUAGACCCUGAUAGCGCAAUUAUAAAUAUACAUAGGAUUAUUAUGAGAAGUGACGUCACGUCACCCAAGGACGAGACGCGGCAGUCAUAGUGGGUUGAACGAGGCUACUUAGUAGGAGAGAGGGAGAGAGAAAGAGAGAGCCGGGGGGAGACUCGGCCACAGGUAACGUGCGAGCGUGUAACAGGUGACCUUGAGAUGUCUAACAUGACCAUCCACCGAGUGUACGAUUCAGAUACUAGCUGCGACGAACUGAGAGUAAUGUAACCAGAGUCCCCUGUUUAGCAUUGUACGUAUGUCGUGUCGAGUCUUGUGUCGUGUCGUGUCGUGCGGCCGGAGAGCGCGAGCCGGGCCGGCGGUGUGCGGUGUGCGGCGGGCCGAGGGCCGCGGGCCGGGCGCCGGGCGGGCUCAGCCUCGCUGCGCGCUCUCAGUCCGCGCCCGGAGUCCGCCGCCGCCGCCGCCAUGGAGAUGGAACACUUCAUAGAGACGGUCCGCAAGUACCCCUGCCUGUGGAACACUGCGGCCAUCGAGUACCGCGACCAGGAGCUCAAGGACGCCGCCUGGGCCGAAGUCAUGAAGGACACCGACCUAUCCUCGGUGAAAGAGGUCAAACUCAAAUGGAAGAAACUCCGCGACAGUUACCGUGACGCCCUCAAGCGGCAGAACGACAUGCUCGCUAAAGACCCCGGAAACUCCACCAAAAAGAACUAUCCCUGGAAGUACAUGGGCCUGAUGCAGUUCCUGCAGCCCCACAUGAGCGUCCGUAAGAAGCCGGCCGAAUCCCCGCACUACGCGAGCCCCGCGGACCAGCAACAGGCCAGCUCAGGCGGCGUGGGCGGGUCUGCAGGCUCCCAGGCCCAUCUCCACCACUCGCAGAUGUCCCACAACGCACACAACGGAGACCCGCGAUCCUCCGACGAUUCCGACUCCGAGCCCGAGUCCUCCCCCAAGCGGAAGAGCAGCGAGCGUCUAACCGUCAUCGACCGCAAGCUGGACUACCUCUGCAAGGCGGAGAGCAAGCGACGGUACACGGACGCUCAGUACAGGGAACGGAAGCGCGAGCACCCUCCCGCGGCGCCCGAUCCGCUCGAUAUCUUCUUUAACAGCAUGUGUCAGUCCACGAAGCGCUUCCCUUACCCUGCGCAGAUCAAGAUCAAGAAGACUCUGUUCGGAGCCGUGAUCGAGGCGGAGGAGGCACUGCUAGCCGAGCAACAGAACUACGCCAGUCUGUGGGCGCGAGGAGCCGGCACCUCCUCCAGUAGCGAGGCCGAUGAAAACGAGGGUCCGGACGGCCCAGAGGGUCCCGAGGGUCCCGAUGACGACGACCAGGAUCGCAAGCCCUCCUGAGCCGCGCUUCUCCGCUAUUACUACGCUAGCUACGCGCACUACGCCGGCCUCCGCCCCCACUGACUCACCCCCUCGUGUCGUAUGCUUUGUGUGUUCCCGCUGGAGACGGGAGAGGGGAGGCUGGAGGUUACCACUGAUCAGUAUUGUAGUAAUAAAGAACGGUUAUUAUUCGCGAUAAAUGUGACUCGGUCCAGUUUGUGUGUGUUAGAUAACAUGUGAAAUGAGUUCCUCGAGUGCAGCGCGGACGACUGACUGAUGGAAACCAAAUGUAUUCGUUAAAUGUUUAGUGAAGGAACGUAGUGGAACUAACGACUAGUUUGGAUGUAAGCCGAGCCAGGGAUCCGUGGCCGUGAGCUCUGUCUGUAAUACUUGUGUUGUGUGUUUGUAUUCGACAAACAAUAUAAUAUAAAGUUUGAAGUAAUUCGA